GGCAUGAGAUGGAAAGGGGGAGUCAGUUCUUCUGUCUUGAUUUUUCCUUCUUGUUGGGCAUCAUUCCCUGAGUACCAGAUUGAAGAACAGUGCUGUUGCCUGUAUAAGAAACAGCCCAGUUUUUAAAAUUCUUUCCUGCUCUUUUGCUAAGAAUAAUAUUGCAUUGACUUUGUGUAUUUUGGAACACAGUGUUGUCUUCCGCUGUUGAAAUAGUAAGGGAUUAUAUGGUGUGUUUAGAAACAGGCUUACUUUUGUUAGUUGGGUUUAUUGGGUGAUACCUUUUCUAGAGAUACCUGGCAUUGGUGAAAGACAAGAUUUUUUCCAAAUUAGUAGUCUGAGACUCUUUCAAGGUAAUUAGGUACUUUUGAGGUUGGUGUAAGUCAUUUAAGUGUGCCUUGAAAGAAGCUUGUUUGAGCCUGUUCUGAUUUUUGUUGUUUAGUUGUGGGAGGCUCAAGUAGGGUUUGCAUUGCCUGCCUGCCUUGAUACCUGAAGCAGUGGGGUGACACAUCAUGUGUCAAGUAGACCCCAGGUGGUUGAAGGAUGCCCCUGGAAGUGCUCACUAGACACGGCAGGCCUCGAACCUUUGUGAAAGGUGAAAGAGAAGCAGCUAAAAUCAGUAUUGAAAAUUCCUUCAAAGAGACUUGGUUCCAGCUUCCCAACGGCUGAGAGGACUCGUGACGGAAGUCAUACCUGGGUGGUUAGAGUGGCAGAGAGGGGCCUGGAUCCUGCAGUUCACAGUUUGGAAUUGGGAUCCACUGUGACCUGCUAGUAAUGGAAAAUCCUUAAAGAGAUCCUGGAUGCUGUUUUGAUUUCAAACCUUGGAAGUCUUUUGAAGAUGACUUAAGAGCUUGAAGAAGCCAAAAAGCCUGGACUUGCUAAGGAGAACCAAAGCUGCUCUGAAAGACUUGGAGUAGCGGGAGAAGACCAGGAAGUUGGAAGCCGCUUGGGUGAUUCUCCCGUCUCCUUUAAAAGAGGCACUGCAGGGUUGAGGGAAGGGGCUUGGGUUAAUGGAAACAUCUGAUCGGCUUUUAUUUUAUGUUUUAAAUUAAACGUUUGUACAAUCUUCCGGAAAACGCCCACUUGCCUCUGCUGAUCCUCGUUCUCCUCCCCUCCCCAAAUAAUUUGGAUUAAAGGGAACAUUUUGAAAAACAAAAUCAGAAACUGGAUUUACAAGCCUUUGGCACGCACUUGUUGGAGGUGGUGAUCGCGUACAGGGAAACGAGGGGCUUGCCUAGUUGAGUCCAGGAUGGAUCUGGAGGAGCCCCAGCAGUUGGGCAUGUUCGUCGAGAGCGAACUGAUGUCGGUGGGGAUGGACACUUUCAUCCACCGCAUUGACUCGACGGAAGUGAUCUAUCAGCCCCGCCGGAAACGGGCCAAGCUGAUAGGAAAAUACCUGAUGGGGGACUUGCUUGGUGAAGGGUCCUAUGGCAAGGUCAAGGAGAUGCUGGACUCUGAAACCCUUUGUAGGAGAGCGGUGAAAAUCCUGAAGAAGAAGAAGCUGCGUCGGAUCCCUAAUGGGGAAGCAAAUGUUAAAAAGGAAAUACAACUUCUACGGCGGUUGCGGCACAAAAAUGUCAUCCAGCUGGUUGAUGUGUUGUACAACGAAGAGAAGCAGAAGAUGUAUAUGGUGAUGGAGUAUUGUGUAUGCGGCAUGCAGGAGAUGUUGGACAGCGUCCCGGAGAAGAAGUUUCCGGUCUUUCAAGCACACGGGUACUUUUGUCAGCUUAUCGAUGGCUUGGAAUAUCUGCACAGCCAAGGCAUUGUCCACAAAGACAUCAAGCCGGGGAAUCUCCUGCUAACGACUGAUGGGACGCUGAAGAUAUCUGAUCUAGGUGUGGCAGAGGCAUUACAUCCGUUUGCAGAGGACGACGUGUGCCGGACAAGUCAGGGGUCACCAGCUUUCCAGCCUCCAGAAAUCGCCAAUGGCCUUGAUACCUUUUCUGGCUUCAAAGUGGACAUUUGGUCAGCGGGGGUCACGCUAUACAACAUAACUACCGGCCUUUAUCCCUUUGAGGGGGACAAUAUUUAUAAAUUAUUUGAAAACAUUGGGAAAGGGGAGUACACGAUUCCUGAGGAUUGUGGCCCUCCACUCUCAGAUCUACUUAGAGGAAUGCUUGAAUAUGAUCCAGCCAAGAGAUUUUCAAUACAACAGAUAAGACACCACAACUGGUUUCGAAAAAAGCACCCGCAGUCCGAGCCUCUGGUGCCCAUCCCUCCCAGCCCAGAGACCAAGGACAGGUGGAGGAGCAUGACGGUGGUCCCCUACCUGGAAGACCUGCACGGCUACAACGAGGAGGAGGAGGAGGAGGACUUGAAGGAGGACUAUCUGGAGGACGAGAUCAUCUACACUCAGGACUUCCCCGUGCCAGGACAGGUGCCCGAGGAAGAUGCCAGGCAAAAUGGGCAGAGCCGCAGCCGAGGACUACCCAAGCCGGUGUGCAUGAACGGAACCGAGCCUGGGCAGCUGAGCGGCAAAGUGAAAGGCGAGAGGCGGGCCAGCGCCUCCUCCAACCCCUCCCGCAAGGCCGCCUCCACCAGCAGCAAGAUCCGCAAACUUUCGACCUGCAAGCAGCAGUGACCCGGGGGUGCUCACUCACCACAGCUGGCCUCACACUUCCUGCUGUCCUCAGCCGCCGCCAUCCUCGGCUCCAUCUCUCUACCAGUAGGGGACGAUUUGUAGAAAAUGCUUGCAAUCAGAAGUUUCCAACCAACCAAGGGAAAUCGGAUGUUGGCUCUGUAUGCCUUCGCCAUCGUCAGCGAGUCGAGAAUCCGGGCCUCUUCCUCUCGGGUGGAAGCGUUUCCCCUCCCUGUGACAAUAUUUGGCCAAUAGAUAAUACCUGGACUUGUUCUGUGGGACUGGAGCAGGCAAGGGGGAGGGCGAGGGUGAAGUGGGGGGAGGGCGAGGGGGCCCUAUAUCCCUGCCACGCCCCCUCUUCCCCCUCCGUGUGUUCGACGUUUUUUCGCAAGCCAUUGCCAAGCACUUUACGUAGUAGACUACUGUUAUAUAUUAUAUAUUAUAUAUUUUUUUUCUUUCUCUCCCCUCUCCCUCUUUGGUUGUUGUUUAUAUUUGCGGUAUAUUUAGAGAUUUCCUUACACAUUUGUGAUGUGUUCGAAAUGGAAAAAAAAGAAAUCGAUAAGAGGGGGGGUUUUGAGGAAUAAAACAGGUAUUAAAAAACAAAAUGAACCCACAGCGCUCUGUCAAAACAAAAUCUGCAUGCUGUUCUAAGGGCUGGAGAAAAGGGAGAGGAGUGCUUUUUUUAAAAAAGGAAAAUAAACUUAAAAUGGACUUGG